AUGGCGGAAGGCGAAGCCCGCCACGUGGCGAUGGCUCCUCGAGAAGGCACGCAUAGCUUCGCCAAGGCGUGGAGCAGCGAGCGGCUCUCAGACGGCGAGGAGCGGUGGGAAGCGGAGGUGAGGCGGCGAGAAGGCGUGGAAUUUACGCGGGACGUGAAGCAGUGGCUGUGCGAACGGACGGACUUCGGGGAGGCAUGGAAGUGGACGCACAUCACUAUGCGCGAGGCAUUGGAAGCGAGUCAAGCAGUGCAGCCGGUGCGCUUCUACCUCAUGCCAUCACAGAGCGCCCUCUACAGCGCCUGGAGCUUCUGCAGGCUGAUGGUGGGGCAUCCGGAGAUAGUCCACGGGGGCGCCACAGCCUUCGCGUUUGAUGAGACAUUCGGGCUCUUGUUCGCCACACUGAACCUGGGCCCUGGGUUCACCGCCAACAUCAACAUCAAUUAUCGCAAGCCCCUCCCAGCUGACAUGGUGGCGUGCCUACAAGCCUCCCUUGAGAGAAGAGAAGGCCGAAAGGUGUAUCUGAAGGGAUCGUUGCGCAGUGCCCCUGAUGGAGAGAUAUUCUCCGAGGCCACUGCUCUCUUCAUUAUCCCCAGAAAACAAGAGUAG